GGUUUGUUGGGGUGGCGUGUUGUUUGCCAAGUCGUGCUCCUGUCAGGCCAUAUUCUUGACCAUUUUGAGGAUUCGCGACCGAGACGAGGCGGCAGCGAAUCACCCGAAUCCUUCUUCCACUGCCUCUCACUGUUCUAUUCAAACAUCGCAUACUCUAUUCUAGGAUACUCAAGUCUAGAUUAUGGAGCUGUAAUGCGCUUGCGUUACAGGCGCCCGUCACCAAAUAUAAAACGGGUAGUAUUUAUAGGACUUCGCCCCCACGCACUCAGCGCUUAA